CUUGAGAUCUUUGCGUCUGCGGACAACCUGUCGGAUAAAAAUAAGUGAACGCAACAAGUGCACCUCCAAUACAAUUAUUAUAGUACAAUAAAAGAAAAAUAGGAAUAAUAUGCAAAAUAUGUAUAUAACGCGAUAAAUACAAAAAAAUACACUAAUACAUAUGAAAACAUAAAUAUAAAUAUUUGGCUUAAUGGAAUAAUAUACAAAUCUAUCUAAGAGAUACAAAAAAAUGUAUAAACAUAUACUGCAUAUAUAAGCCGUACUUGCACAUAUUUCAUUGUUUUAAAUUAAUUUUAUCGUAUUGCUUUAACUAAAACCGAUUUCAAAAAAGUGAAUGUCAGUUACAAAUCAAUAACAAACAAAAUAAAUCAAAAAGCCCAAAAAUAAUAAAAGAAAAUCAACAAAAACAAAUAUCGUAAAACAAACAAAAAUUGUGUUGAUGUAAUUUUAAAAUAUUAUUAUUGAACAAAUUAAAUACUUUUACAACUGGUAAGGCUGGACAAGAUAUGCUCAGCAUGGAAAUGCAAAGAUCUCAUCUCAAUCAUGGUAUUAGUUCGCUACCAUCAGUCUUGACUCAUCAUGGCAGCACGGUCGCCGGGACACACCAUCACCAUCAUAAUCACACGCAUCAUCUUCAUCGGCCGCAUCACAACAAUCAUCAGCACAGUAACAGCAACACCUCUGGUCAGCAUGCACAACCACACCACCACGUUCAGCAUUUACAACAUUUAGAUUCUAGUUUAAUGCAAAAUAGCUCAAACGACCAUAGUCACACUCAACUGCAGUCAGCUCAGACCUUAACAUAUGAUGUUAAAUCAAAAGUUCACAAAUUAGAUGAAUAUUGCUUAACAAGCAAUGGCAACACGAUUCCUACAAACACAUCGACUGGAUCAACAGCACAGGUGCCUACAAAUUUUAUGUCUCAAACCGCAGCAGUCGAAUGGAUUACAGUCAUGAAUGAAAAUCACAAUAAUGCAGAAGAUUCCCGCAGUUCUCAAGGGAGUAUUUCCGGUGAUGGUCAUGGCGGUGUCAAUCAACUGGGUGGAGUGUUUGUCAAUGGCAGACCAUUGCCUGAUGUGGUGCGACAAAGAAUUGUUGAAUUGGCGCACAAUGGUGUGAGACCAUGUGAUAUAUCUCGACAAUUACGAGUCAGUCAUGGCUGUGUAUCCAAAAUUCUCUCAAGAUAUUAUGAGACUGGUAGCUUUAAAGCUGGCGUUAUUGGCGGAUCAAAGCCAAAAGUUGCCACUCCCCCCGUAGUAGAUGCUAUAGCAAAUUAUAAACGCGAAAAUCCCACCAUGUUUGCUUGGGAAAUUCGAGAUAGACUUUUAUCUGAAGGUAUAUGUUCUCAGGAUAAUGUGCCGAGUGUAUCAUCUAUUAAUCGGAUUGUGCGAAAUAAGGCUGCUGAAAAAGCUAAACAUGUCCAUCAUCAACAACAGCAAAGUAGCGGGAAUGUAAGCGGGGGCAGUGGAGGGACAAAUAACGGCGGCGGUAGCAGUAUUAUAACAGAUCAUUUGGAGAAUAAUUCCAAUGAACUGUCAGCUAUUAAUAAUAGUAAUAAUAACAAUAGUAGUAACAAUAACAAUGGUAGCAAUAAUACAAAUAUCAGUAGUAAUAAUGCUGGCAGUGGAAACAACAAUAAUAAUAUUAACAGUAACAAUGCCACCUCCGUAAUAACACAUGCACCAGCCUCAGAGACAGGAUCUACAGGACCGCCGGCAGCAGGUGCUGCUGCAGCCAUGCAAUUACAGCAGCAACAUAAUAUACUCAAUACAGCGAAUAAUAGUAAUAACAGCACCACCUCUACAACUAGCAAUAAUCAGAAUACUACAAAUGGUAUCGGAGAACAUCGAACAGCCGGUUAUAGUAUUAAUGGUAUUCUAGGCAUACAUCAUCCACAACAUAAUCAUCACAACCACCAUCAUCAUCAUCAUCAGCAUCAACCACUACACCAUCAAAAUCAACAGCAUCAACAAAGUUCACCCAUUGCUACGGAUCACCAAGGAAACAGUAUUAAAAGAAAGCGUAUAGAUGAUCAAGUUCUGUUAAUCGCCGAUGAAAAUCGUGAUAUUAACAUGCAUGCUGAAGAAGAUGUGAAAAGACAACGCCUGUCAUACAGCGGAGAUCAGAUUUAUUCAAAUAUCUGGUCCGGUAAAUGGUGUAUAAAAGAUGAGCAUAAGCUACUUUCGGAAUUAGGUACUCUGACAACAAAUGGCGGCAGCGUAGCAGCAUACUAUGAUAGUCACAAUGGAUUUCCGCCUUCAGUGGCAACCGGAAAUAAUGAUAGCAUGUUGUAUGAUAGUAUUACUACAAUAUCUCAGACACAGGGUUCUCUGUAUACUCCCACUAUAGGUGCAUCUAUUGGCGGUUCUAAUACCUUAACGCCCUUAGUUCCUGUCAGUAUGCACGAUAUGAAGGUAGGCUCUAGCCUGCAUGAUCAAUCUAUGUCCCCCUAUUAUACAGCCAUUGCCCUUGAAAAUAGCAGCUAUACAGCACUUGGUCACAUUGAAAAUAUUGUGAAUAGUAAUAACGAUACGAAUGCAAUAGAGACACCACAAGCUCAGACUAACGCUGGCGAAGUUUUGGAAGAUACAGCCACAACUGAAAUUUCUUUAACCAUUUUGGAAACGGAUGAUGACAAUGUUACGACUGUGGUGCCGACAGUUUUGCGACGUAACCAUCAUACCCGCGGCUCUAACACAAGCAAUGCGACAACAGUGAGCUCAAUUAGUGGCGCAGCAACCUCUACGGCUACUUUGACAGCGUCAGAAACCACACAUAACCUCAAUAAUAAUAACAAUAAUAAUAAUAACAAUAAUAAUAAUUUAAGCACUAGAUCUCAGAGUCAUAGAGAUAGUAUUCAGCCUCAACUACAGCAUCUCGAAUCUCAUCAAGAUCAAACUCAAUCUCAGACUCAAAAUUCCGCAAAUCCUACCUCACACAUUUUAAUGGCCCCUAGUGGCAUCGCGACAAAUAACUCAAAUAUACCACCACCAUUCGCAUCUACUAGUACCAGUGCCACUGAUAUGACCGGUUAUGCGACAACAACUACAACAAUGUUGCCUAGUUUCAGUCACUAUACGUCAGCCUGUGGAUCUGUUGUUCCUACAUCAGACUACACAUAUAGUCCCACAUAUUCUCAAUAUGGUAGUGCAUAUGGAUCAUAUAGCUAUGGAUCAGGCGGUGGUAUUUUAAAUUCCUACUAUUAUGAAGGUGUACAAAACCAGUCUGUCAAUACUACAGCCCUCAGUCAAGACAUGCGUUCACCAUUAGCAGCUACCAGAGCCAAUUCUUUAGCAUCGGCUGCUUCACCUACCGGCAGUGCAUGUACGAAAUCUGAGACGUCUGACAUUUUUCUCGUCUAGUGAUUUUUACAUCAACUACGACAAUCCUCUUCUAGCUCUUCAAUAAUGAACUUGUUUAAUUAACAAAAACUAAUACUUCAGUUGCACCUACAAGACUUUUAUCAUUUUAUAUGUACACAUAUACAAAAACAAUGCAUACAUACUUCAUAUAUACAUUCGUAUUAUAUAAGAUUGUAAAAAUAGUUAAUUAAUAUAUUUAUUAUACAAAUGUACAUAUGUAUGUACAUAUUUAAACAAAAGAUGAACGUUUGAUGAUACUUAUACUUUUAUUAGACCUACAUAUAUACGUAUACCGCCUUACUUAUAUCCUAUUUAUUAAAUUUAGUAAAAUAGAACAAAUAUUUAACAUGUGACAUAGGUAAAAAAAAUGUAAAAUGUUCGAACAACUUACUUGAUUGUUUUCAAUAACGAGGACACAAAAAUGUUCUAUAAAACUAGUAACCACCUGAAAGAUUUAUUCUAACUCUCUGAGUCGAUUUAUUAAUGUACGCCCGUCUGUGUGUCCAUAAUUUGAUUUUGAAAAAUAUUUUAAUUUGUAUGAAUGUAUAUCGAUACCUACUUUUACGAUUAUUAGUAUACAGUCCUGUCACAGAUUUCCAUUCCGAUCGAAAGUGGAAUUAUAACUUUUCUUUUAGACAACGGAUGUGUAUAAAUUUUAUAUUGCGACGUCAACAUUGUACGUAUGUAUAUACUUUCAAUGUUAUUGAAGAAAUUGGUACCAGACGUGUAUAUUUUAAUAUAUUAUAUUAUUUUUCCCUCUGUGUAUUGAAGAAAAACUAAUUUUCUUAAUGAGGCUUUUUAUUAGGUAUUGGAGCAAGAUAAACAAAUUCCGAUAAAAUGUGAUAUAUAAAUUAUAUAAUUUUAAAUCGCAAUAUUAGUGUUAAUAGUGAAUUGUGGAUAUUCAAGUCAAAUGAUGUCCGAUGUUAAAAAUGAUACUAGCCUCCAUAAAUUUUAUGGGGGUUAUGUGAAAUAUUAGAUAAUUUUCGUCCUUGGGUAAAAUUUCACUAAAAUAUCUCGAAAAUGGCGACCUGCACUUUAAUAACAUCGUAUACAUGGACACACGGAUGAUCGAUCGGACGGACAUAGUUAAAUCGACUCAGAAAGUUAUUCUGAGUCAAUCGGUACACUUUAAGGUUGGUAUAGUACUAAUAUUUUAGUGCGUUACAAACAUCAGUACAAACGCAUUUAAGAGAAAAUAAAUAUUUAUUGAAUUAAGUUUCGAUAACCGUAAUAAAAUAUACAACAACAAUAAUACGUAUUUACUUUGAAAGAAAAACGUCAACGAUUUGUAUUUAGUAAAAUAAUUUUUAAGUUUAUUUAUUUAUACAAAACUAAUUAAUAUAUGUAAGUAAAGCGAUGUAGCUAUUCAUGUAACAAAAACCAAUAUUAAUGAAAAAUCUUCUUAACUGGAGACUGAACUCUCCGGCCGAAUAAUAGUUUUAAAAAUAAAUUAUCUGAAGGCGGCUUCUUAAGCCUUUUUACUCAAGAUAUGUACAUUAAGGUGUUUUUUCCGAUUACUGCGAUACUCAAUGUAGUAUUAGAACUGUGAUUAUUUACGUUAAAUCAGAUAAAGGAACUAUAAAGUUUAUAUGUUUUCAAAAUAUGUUAUCUAAAAAACUACAUUAUGUUUUUGCAGGCAAAAUAAUUAGUUAUCUAAACAAAUGAAAAUAUAUGUUGUAAAUCGGAUAACUUACAAUAAUGGAAAAAACAAUUAAAAUACAAUAAAAAAACACCUUUAUUAAUAUACAUAUUUACGAAACCAUAUAAUCUAAUCCGAUUCCUAAUAAAGAAAUUAAAACACUGUUGCACAGUGCUUAAAUACUCAAUACUUCAUUUUAUAACUCCUCGUACAUACGAGCCCUUACUCCCGAUGUACCCAAUGACUAAAUUGUUUGUUUAUAUUUGUGUUAUAAUUUAAAACAAUCCGCAUUAGGGGAGACAUGUUUUUAUUUUCCUAAAAGUUUGGUAAUUUUUGUAAGAAUUUACAUAUUUUCAAUUUGAAUACCACUACUAUUAAACGAAAAUGUCAAACUCAGCAAUUAAAAAUUAUAUAGUAUAAUAGAAAUUAAAAAUGAUAUUAGUUAAUGUUAAUAUAUCACUCAAAUUGCUGAUAGGUACAUAUUAAUAUUUAAUUACAUAAUUCAUUGUUUCACUUUAUUAAAGUAAAUGUAAUAACUAAAUUUAAAACAAAUAAAAAAUAUAACACCACUAUACCAAAUAUGUAUAAUCCAAGCACCAAGAUUAUAAAUCGACUUCAGAGUUUAGAUUUUCUCUUGGUAUGCAAAGGAUGACAAAUUAUAAAAACUUAUAAGACUAGACUGUAAAAACCAUAAUGAUUUUUGUAGGUUUAUGUAUGUACAUACAUGUACAUAUAUAAGAAGGGUUAUUAUGUAAAUAAAAAUACAUUAUAAAUCAAAAAGUAAAGAAUAAAACAAAAAUAAGUAACAAAAAGAUACCAAAUUCAAAUAAAAUUUAAAUAUUUAUAAUAAUUUUAAUUAAAAAACGUAAUGUUAAUGUUAAAAUAUCAUAUACAUAAAUACAUAGUAAUUAUUUAAGCCAAAGCGAGUAUAGAAGACUCGUAUCAACAAAAUAUUUAUAAUGAUUCUAAUCUUAAAAAUAAAAUUAUUAGCAUAUAACUUGCCACCAAAAAGCCCAUUUUGAAUGAUAUAUCAAAACAAUAAAUUCAAAUAAGUUUGAAAAGAAUUUAA